AUGAAACUCAAACUGCGGGUGCAAACGAUUACACAACCUUUCCAUAAAGUGUGCGCGAACUCAACUUGGGACUUGUGGUAUGCGGAGGGGUUCUUGUGCUGCGAGCCAGGCAUGAUCGGGUAUCUUAGCAAAGAUUCAGGUGGUGACAUCAGAAAAUCGACUUUUGGCUGCAACACAGAUGCAUACAUCAAGAAUAACGGCACUAAGCUAAAUAUUGAACGUGGCACACGCUCGACUCCUGAUUAUCCUAACUCUGGAAAUUCCACUACGAAUAACAGUACCACUAAAGCGUCGAAUAAUGGUACGCAUAACGAUACAAAUAUCCUUUCGAAUAACGACACGAACGAUGGUCCGAAUAAAGGCGCGAUAGCUGGCGGAGUUGUCGGGGGUGUCUGCGGCAUACUCAUAAUUGCCGUCAUUAUAUUUAUUUUUCUCCGUCGCCGUCGCUCAAAAAUAUCCAGCAAUUCUGAAAAGAGUCCAGCCGAAAUUGAAGGGGAAACUAGACCAUUCGGUGAACUGGAUGGCACCGCUUCUAAACGAACCGAGCUUGAGGCCGACACAGGAUCACGACAAGAGUUGGCUGGCCACGCAUUCAAGAAGACGAAUGAAGGGCCGCCCUCUGAGCUAGCUUGA